AUGGGAUGCUCAUCAUACAACAGGAAAAUACGAAAUGGCCUACACAAUCGCUUUCCACUCGAAGGAUCUCCCGAGGCACGCCGAUAUGACCUGAAUCGACUAGUGUCCCCACUGCUUCGACUCCCCUUCGAAUUGCGGCUCCAGAUAUAUGAGCUUGUCCUCGGAGACCGACAGAUUCACAUCUUCUUCGUGCCCUGGCAGCACAAGCAGCGAAUCAAGAAUGGCCAAACGUACACGGAGACCAUCAAGGGCGGCUUCCGCUAUGAGGUCCUUGACAAGAGACAAGACCCCUGGAAAGUGGAUCGAAGGGAUCUCCGGAAGCUGGCCUCGGCCGCUCCAGACUCGCCCGACAGGGCGCAGAUUACCCUGCUGUCCGGCGUCUGCCGCCAGCUGUACCACGAGACGGCACUGCUGCCGCAGCAGAUGAACACCUGGUCCUUCGAGACCAUGCACGUGAUGGAACGGUACAUACUGAAAGAGAACAGGAUGCCGCUUAUGCAGCGGCGGGCCGUCCAGACGCUGUACUGCAAGGAGAGGCUGCCCAAGGUCCUCGAGAAGAAGUUUGGCGGGCUGAAGGCCAUCGUCUGGAAAGACGGCAAGAAGCUGCGCUGGCAGGACCUGUCUCUGUUCCCGGAAGUGGGAUGGAAAGAUCGCCAGGAGCUUCGCGAGCGUUCGUGGCGGUGGUGA